AUGGGCCUCGCCAAAAGACCUUCCAAAGCAAUCCUCUGCCUUCACGGCGGGGGCUCAUCUGCGGAUAUUUUCCGCUUCCAAACCUCGUCUCUGCGCGCCGCUUUUUCCCAAUACUACGACUUCCUCUACGCCUGUGCACCCCACACCGCUACUCCGGGCCCAGAUGUCCUCCCCUUUUUCGCAGGGAUGGAUCCCUUUUACAGCUGGUUCAGGCAGGUACACGACGACGCCGAGGCCGAGGUGACAAUAUUUAACGAGGCGGUGAGCCGGAGCGUCGACCAGUACCUGGCAACAAACCCGGGGAGUAAAAUCGUCGGCGUACUGGGCUUCAGCCAGGGCGCGGUCGCCGCCACCAUGCUGCUCUGGGAGCGGCAGGUCGCCAAGGUCACCUGGCUACCAGAUGUUUGCUUCGCCGUGCUAUUGUGCCCGGGGUACAGCGACGUGGCGACGCAAUAUAUGCUCGACGUCUGCAAAACUCAAAACCUCGGCGCGGAGGGUAUAGUCGUAAACUUACCGACUAUACACCUACACGGGCGCCAGGAUACGGUCAACCUGCCGCAGAGUAGGCGCAUGUAUGCAACUCACUAUAAGGGCGCACAGUUAGAGGAGUUUGACGGCGAGCACGAGGUGCCCAAAAGGGUGGGUGACGUUAAGAAGAUUGUCGAAUAUGUGUUGAAAAUCCCGAUUUAG